CCCUAGACGCUCAGGGGUCGAAGGAAAAAUAAAAGUGUGUUAUUAUUACGCCGAGAGGGUAGGCACGUUUUUUUUUCUCUCCUUUUUUAAUUGUGAGUCAUGCGGGCGACACCAAGUCGGACGUAAGGGGGGUUGUCGUUUUUGUCAGGAUUUCUAACGUAUAUUUGAGUCGUCUUUGGCUGGAUUAAGGUCUUCAAAGCGGUCGUUGGACGGAUAAAUGUAUGUGCGUCUGGUGUCAUCUCCAAAAUGACUGCGCACGGGACCAAAGCUUUUCACGUUGAAGCACCCGAGUCCCUUUUUAUCCACUGUGGACAGGCUCAAUACCAGCUGUUUAGAAACUAACUUCCUCAAUGUGGGAUAAAUGAUUUGUUUGCUGCGAGUCUCCUUGUCGGAGCUUUUUUUUCGCUGCGAUUUGUGCGUAAUAAUUUAUGUUUCUGUGGCCCGACAUUUUUACACGUUAACACCAAAGGGACACUGGACGGCACCUAAUAAGCGCAGCAGAGACGAGGCUGUGGCAGUGACAGCAGCAUGGGAAGAGGAACGGUUCCUUCACCCUGAUCGUUUUUGAUGUUCAGUUGAACACACCGUCAACACUGUAACCACCUACUCACACCCCUGCCUUGGGUAUGCCUCAGCCGGGCAUGAGUGGGAUGGAGCCAGCGUUUGGAGAGGCGUACGGAGCCCCCAGGUGCCUCCUCAGCCCCUACCCGCUGGCCACCGCGUCCCCGCUCGCCGUGUCGACCCCAGGGGGCAGGACGGAGUACGACCAGAGCGUGGUCCUGAUGCUGGGCUCCCCGGCAACGCCUCGGAAACGGCCCUUCGAGUUGCUCAGCGACCUGGUGGACGACGGGAUGGGCCUGGGGGAGGACCUGCAGGCGGAGCGCUGGGACGUGUCGGCGCUGGACGAGAUGACCCGCUACACCAAGCUGGGCCUGGGGGGGGAGCUGGCGAGCGCAGAGGACGCCGUGCUCAUGGGCAGCUGGGGGCGCAGCUGGGAGGAGGAGGAGGAGGAGGAAGAGGAGAGGAGGAAGAGGAACAGGAAGGCCGGGCCGCAGGCCCGCGUGCAGGAGAGCACGGCCCUGACCUUUGACCCCUGCCGCCCGGCGGGGAGGGCGGCGGAGGCGGAGAGGGGGGCGGGGGGAGGGGCGGAUCGAGGGACGAGGGCGCGGACGGUGGAGGUGUACCAGGUGGCGCAGCAGGAGGAGGAGGUCGCCGCGGCGAUGGGGCGGCUCGUUGCCGUGGUCGCCGCGGGGGGCGUCGCGGCGACGGGGUCGGUUGUAGAACACUGCAGCGAGGAGCACAAUUACUCGUUGGUCCAGGGAGAGAGACCCACAGGGUCAGGCCCAGACUCUGACACACAGACGGAUGAGGAGGAGGGGGAGGAGGAGGAGGAGGGAGAAACGAGGAGGAAGAGAGGACCGGAGGAGGGAGAGACAGAGGCGCUGGAGGGGAAGAGGAUAUCGGAGGGAGAAGGGGAGGGAGAAGAAAAGGAGGAAGAGUUGGGGGACGAGGAGGAAGAGGAGGAGGAGGAGGAGGAGGAAGAGGAGGAAGAGGAGGGGGGGGUGGAGGAAACGGCAGCAGAGCUCUCCAGCUCCACGGAAACCGAAUGCGAGGCGGAGCCGGAGCGCCGUGCGGGCGAGCGUCCGAAGAAGCGGCGGUGUUUCUGGGAGUACCGACACGCCGGGGAGACGGGGGGCAGUAGGAGGGCGUCCGGGGAGAUCCGCUGGUCUCUCUCCUGGAGCUCCAGCACGCUGCCCAGCACCCUGUACCGCAGGGAGGGUAAGAAGGGACGCCGUAAAGCUCGUAAGACAGACGCCAGCGACCUGACCCCCGACCCCCAGAAGCUGCAGAACAUCGGGAUGCAGCUGCAGAAGCUGAACGCUGCCAUCGACGGCAUGGGACCCGUCAACGAGCUGCCGGUGGUGGCCCGGGCACGCUCCCGCAAGGAGAAGAACAAGCUGGCCUCCAGAGCCUGCAGGCUGAAGAAGAAGGCGCAGCACGAAGCCAACAAGAUCAAACUGUGGGGGCUCAGCCAGGAGUACGAUAACCUGCUGGGGGCGCUGCUGCGGAUCAAGGAGGUGAUCCGGCAGAAAGUGGAGAGCAGUGAAGAAGAGGAGCCAGACGAGCGAGGGAUGACCCAGAGGCUGGAGGACAUCCUAAAGGAGUCUAGUGGUCCCCUGGUGGCUGGGAGGACCAAGGAGUUUGUUCAGAGGAUUCUAGCGGUCAGUGCUGUAGGUCAGAACGGGGGCAAAGACAUGCCCUCGGGAGAAGACACCACCGGGUAAACAACAACAACAUCACCUCCACCCCUCAGCCCAGGCCCCUUCACCUCCACCCCUCAGCCCAGGCCCCUUCACCUCCACCCCUCAGCCCAGGCCCCAUCACCUCCACCCCUCAGCCCAGGCCCCUUCACCUCCACCCCCCAGCCCAGG